GGUCGGUCGGUCGGGUCUCUCGUCGACGGCCGUCGGGCCGCGCCGCGUCGGGGAGCCGCGUCCAAGCGAGUGAGCAACAUCGAGAGAGCCGCGCCUCCCGGAGACUCGCCCCGGAGAGUGUGUGCACGUUCCUGUCGCCCGCGCCGCCAAAAACGGCCAUCCGCAUCCAAUGACAGUGAUGUGUGUUGCUCCAGUGCUGUGCCCGGUUACUGUCGCCGUCUUCGUGGUCGUUCGCGUCGGGAGCUCGCUGCGCGCAUCCUGUGACUGUGACCGUGACUGCCGUGCCGUUACUAGCGCGCGGAGCCGCAGCUACCGUCGUCGCGAUGUGCCUCGCCGACGUUGCCUUCGCUCGCGAGAUGCUUUGUUUUAGGCCCGAAUGAUGACGCUAGGUGACCUUGCGGGAAAGUAUGAGGGAAAGAACACCCUCCGCCGACGACACCCCGAAAAGGGCUCCACCGGCACCAACCAGAGAGGCGGCAUCGACGGACGUAGUUGGUAGCGGCGACACACCGAACGACGAGCCGGCCGAGGGUUACCGUACGGCGAAAUUGUCCGUUUCCUCUGCAGCCUGUACGACGGCGUCAUCUGGCAUGGUGGCGUCGACACAGAGCCUGGACGAUCCGGGUGUCAACCAUCCGGCCAACGCGAGCAGCGGCGACCGCCAGCAGCACCAGCAGCAGCAACAGCAGUUGCAGGAGCGGUACGGUCACGCCUACAGAUCGACCCAGACCGCCCAGGACAAGCGAUCUCGGCUGAGCAACGUGAUCAACAACUUGCGCAAGAAGGUGCCGGACGGAGCUUCCAGGAACGCGGCGGCGGCUCCCGAUUCACCGAGGGAGGAGGAGGAGGACGAUCGGUCCAGUGUCGAGAGGAACCUGGAGAGUCUGCAAAAGUACGUGAUGACGAUGCUGAGUAACGUGAUCGAGGGUGACGACGAAGAGGACAAGGAGGACGUCGUGGGUGGCAAGAACGCCGACAAGACGAAGGAGCCUUUGGGCGAAGGUGAUAUCGAAGCGGCCGUUGUGCCGCAAUUGGACGACACCACCAUGACAAUCAGCUCCAGCGACACGGAGAACAAUGUCGGGUCCUCGGAGAUGGUAGAUUGCCCGGAGGCGAAGGGCACGACGGAGGUGACGGUCGAGGACUCGGAGGAGAGAGUGGAGCAAGAAUCGAAGGUACCUCUUCGAAAAACGGAGGAAGGGCGUACGGAUGUCGAUGAGAAAGAAUCGUUGGAUAGCUGUGAUGAAGGCGACCACCGGGACGUCUCGCGGGAGAAGAAGACUCGAACUCUGGACACGGUCGUGGUAGACAGGUUGAGUGAGCAUCAGGCGAACGAAAGGGCGAACGUCGACGACGGCAGAGGAGGAGAUCAGCGAGAGGAGCAAAAGGACGCAAAAGCAGCGUCGCGAGGAAUCUGCAAAGAGACGCUACAAGAUCUCAUGAGCAAUGUCGAGUCGGGGGUGAAGGAGACCACGACGAAGGAGACCAGCCAAGAGCUGCUGUUGACGAGUCUACAUUGCAGUCUGCCCUUAGACAAGGUCGUAUCCGUGCUUCAGAACUGUCAAACGGGCGAGUCGCUGAUCUCGCGGGUCUCCUCGGCGGCGUUCUCGGGCUCGUCGUCCUCGUCAGUCGGCGCGGCGCAGAGCCCGACGCAGAAGCUGUUGCCGCCGUCGAAGCCGUCGUCCUCCACCGCCCCGGUCAGGCUGCUGUGUCUGUACUGCGACAGAAAGUUCGCAUCCAUAUCCCUGCGGCAGCGACACACCGAGAGGGUGCACCAACUCGGCGGCGGCAGGAGAUCGGAAAGAAAUCCACGGAAACCUUCGCAAAAUUGUCAGUAUUGCUCGGAGAGGUGCGCCGACACGUUAGAUGGACUGUUUCAACACAUGGUCAGCAGUCACGGGGACAAGUACCACGCGUGUGUUCAAUGCUCGACGAGGUUUCCUAGCCGGGAGGCUCUGAUGGGCCACACGAGCGAGGUACACGGCAGUGGUGCCGAGAGGACCGGCCAGGCUCAGCCGGAAAAAGUCAAAGAAGGCUCGCCCUGCAAGGAAUUCUGCGGCCAAAGUAUCCGCGAGAAGGUGAACGCGCCGUCGAUCAGAGAAAGAAGACCCGAAGAGAGCGAAUCGGAGAGUCAAGGUGACGUUCGAUUGGACAACAAUCGGACGAAACUCAUCGCGACACGAGAGCCCGUCGAUAACCCGGCCAGUCCCGAGUUCGACAGUUCCUUCUACACCAACGUGAGCUGCAACAUCCGCGAAAAUCUGCUGCACCACCUGGACGGUAAGCUGCAAACGAUAAGCGGCUUGUCGCCGACGUCCUCAUCGGUCACUGUCGCGAACACGACAAUGACGAUGACGACGAUGACGACGACGACGACGACGACGACGACGACGACGACGACAACGGCGACAACGUCGACGUCGACAUCGUCGUCGACGACGACGACGACGACGGAGCCGAAAUCGCAACAGCAGCAGCAACAGCAACAACAGCAACAACAACAAACACAACAGUCCUACUACGAGCACAGUGUUAAUCAGAUUCAAUUUCCCAUCGACAUCUCGCUAACCGCGGCGACGCCGGUCUACAGCAAGGACUACACGGCCGAGGAGUACGAGAACUCGAGCGAAUACGCCCGUAAAGCCGGUAAGACCAGUAGCGGGUCGCGACCGCGCAGAGUCUCCUUCGAGAAGUACAAUUUCCCGCGGAAGUACGACGGCAGGGGUCAAGGCUGGACAUGCUCCAUCAAGGAUCUCAGCAAUUUCGACAUUUCCACGCAGCUGUUGCUCAGGAAGAAGCAACAGCUGAUCAAGGAACGCGUCGCCAUUAGCAGGGUGGGUCAAACUGCCGUGUCGCCGCCCAGUGAGAGCACUGAGGUGCGUGAGCCGGAACAGGCCGAGUCUGUCGUCGAGACCGCGACGACGAUUAAGCAGGAGAGCACCAAUGACGGCAGCGGGGUCGACGCCACUUCCGCUCUCGACGCGAUCUGCUGCGGCCUCGGCGAACCGCCUUCAUGUGAGAUCAAGCAGGAAACGACGACGACUAUGGAGUCAUCCGCCGCGUCGUCGGAUCCGACCAAGUCUACGCCGGCGAGCGCGGACUUCAACGCCGAAUUCGCGGAGUUUAUGAAAGUGACCAGGCGAGAGCAGGGCGCCAACGAGGCGGCCAGCGUCCAGGAGGAGGCUGUGAACGCGGAAUUGAGCGGCGAAUGGGCGAGACCGCGGAUUUAUAUCUGCGGCGCUUGCGGCUCCAGACAUGUGACGCUGAAGGAGAUGGAGGAGCACAAGGUCUCCGCGCAUCUGCAUGUGCUGUGUUCGCACUUCGAGCUGGCCGGCGACCAGCGCGAGCACUACCAACACCUGUAUCUGCCGGGCCGCAACGCGCCCACCGACGAGGCGCAACGCGCUACCCCGCCGACGGAAACGGCGUGCACCAAGUGCGCCAAGACCUGCCACGACACCGGCGAGCUGCACAGACACAUGCUGGAGUGCGGCGGCGAUCACGCCUGGCUGCUCGGUCUCACCGGCAGCGCCCGGAAGAAGUGCAAGUGGCGGCCGUUCGGCAGUCGCAGCCGUAGACGACGUCAACGCGGCAUGAAGAGGAGCAUCCAGAAUUCGCAGAGCUCGUCGCGAGUCAGCACACCUCGAGAGAGGCAACAGCCGGCUGGGCCCCGAGUCCGACCAAGUGACCGCGAGAGCAUUCAGAAGAUGCUGGCCAAUCUGCCACCCAAGAGGGCCACGAGGAAGAUCCUGCAGGACAACGCGCUGAGGAGCCAGGGUAGACUUCGUAACGUGCAGACUCGAACGAGGCCCCGUAUGAUCGGCGACAACUCGUCCGCUUCACGAAUCUCGCGUAACAAGGCGGCCCUGAGGAACAAACUGCUGAAGAACGCCAAGUCGAUCCAGCGGAAUCGUUGCCGGAGCGAUAACAUAUCCGCGGUGAUCGAGAGCGUCGUGAGGAACUGUCACGAGAACGACAAGAAGAAAUUGAACGAUGACGGCAGCGAUGAGAGCGCUGCGACCGAGGGGACUGGAAGUAAGGACGCCAAAGAGAUCAACGAGAGCUCGUCAAAGACCGACAGAGCUUCCGACCUAGUCGAGCGAGCCGUACGAUCGAAAGUCGUGGGCCGGCUCAAGGUCCUCGGCAAAAGGAGGAACGUGAAGACGAGGACCGGCCCGAUCGGAAGCUCGUCGCGACUUCCAAGUAGAAGCGCCAACAAGUUGGCGACUUUCAAGGCUAGGAAGAAGUCCAUGAAGUUCAAGAGCGUCGUCACGUCGCAGACGAAGGCCGACGCGAGCGGCGAGGAGGUAUCAUCUCCAAAGAGCACACCAAAGAACGCGAAGACGAUACCGAGAGCGACCGACAAGGAUGACAACGUCAGUACUGACGGCAAGAAAACAUUGACAACGUUUAGCAAAAACAAAUUGUCGCAGGUUACAUCGAAGAGAAAACGUCCCGUGGACCCCGUGGCGUCGCUGAACGCUUCCAUCAAGGCGAAGUCGCAGCUACGCACGCAGGAUGGCAAGUUCGCGCGUAAUCCGAACAAGCCGGACUCGCCGGCGAAAUCACCGGAUUCGAAAAUGGAGAACGAGGGCAGACACAGCAAAGUUGCCGAGACGACGCUGACGGAGACGAAGCUGAAGCCGAAAACAGUGCAAAAGCCGGCCAAGAGAAGUGAGCUUCAACCACCGCGGAGAGUCACCCGGCUGUCGUCGGACAGCGACAAGAUGCCGACCUUGGAGCCGGCCGUGCAAAUUUCCUCCAACGAAGAGUACGUCGAUAAAUCGACGAACGACCUGCCGAUCUUGUCGCCCGUGACUCCAGCGGCGUCCCUUCAAGAGCAAAAGAUAUCACGAGCUACCACAAAGUCCACCUCAACGUCGAGGGAGAAGGAGAGCGAUAUGGAGACUGACACCGAUCUCGAGGCAGUGCUGGAGAAGCCUGCGAGAGAGCAGAAGCCAACGAGAGGGAGGAGGCCGAAGGAGGAGAAGGACAUGGCGAAGCGGAGGGAAACCAACACGACUGAGGAGAACGAGACCUCGUUUUCCAAGAAUAGCUCGAAAACACCGAAAGAAGGAAGGGUGAGGAGCCGGAAGAGCUCACCCACCAAGAGCAAUGCCGACGACAAGAAGGAGGAGACUAACAAGAGCGAGGCGAUCGGCAAGACAGACUCCAAAUGGAAGAGGGAGGAAACCACGAAGGAGACUCGAAGCAACUCGAGGAGCAAGCUGGAGAAAGACAUCGUAAUCUUGCCGAACAUCCCCUUCGAGGUGAAGAAGCUGCUGGGCUCAGCCAGCAAGGAGGAUCUCUUGAACACCUUGGAGCUCGCGACCAGCGACAGUGGCUUGAAACGCAACCUCCGCCAAUUGACGCCAAGGUCAAGCGAGAAAAGCGCACGGGAGCUCGAUUACGAGUUGGACGGCCCAAGAAGCUCGAGCAAGAAGGAGAAGCUCGAUGCAAUUAGAAAAUCGUCUCGGAGGAACGGCGAGAAGAGGGCCGAGGAUAAGGUGAAAGCGAGUCUAGAGAAGGACGCGGUUAACAACGCAGUGACGAGCGAACGAGCUCAUCAAGGGAGAAAAGGGGGGGACGUUCGAGUGGGCGCGAAGACGAAGGAGAUUGCCAGCGACAACCCCGAUAUCGAAGGUAAGAUCGACAGCAGGCAGGCGAUAACGUCGUCCAUUUGCUCUCGAUCGAACUCGCGAUCGACCGAACCUUCCGCGGAAGUCGAAGGUGACAGAAAGGAGAGCGAAUCGUCGGGAAAACGUCGUAGUCGAAACAAAUCGCUUGAGAAACCAGCCGAUGAAACCGACAGCGCCUGUGCACUGGAGGAGCAGCCGAUUCGAAAAUGUGACGAAAAUGUAGCGUACGGCGAUAAGCAGGCUGAAAAGGAAGUCGAGAAGGUCCUUGACAAGGUCGACAAGCUCGACAUGAACGAAGACGAGUGCCAGGAGGGCGACAACAAUUCUGACGAGCACCUGGACUCAGCGAUGAUGAACUUGAGUCUGAGUCAUCUGCUCGAGAUGAACAACUCGGUCGACAGCGGCAAGGAGAACUCUUUGGAAGCCUCUAUGAACGUCCACAAGCUGAAAGCGGCGCGUCCUAGGAAAGGAACGCGUCGAGAGCGAGCGUCGAGGAAGAGAUCACUCAGCAACGUCAUCGGCAUUUUGACCGAGGGCAUGAAUAUCCCGGUGGAGGCGCAGCAGAGUGUAGUGCUGACGGUGCACACCAAUUUGGACAAUGACCCGGACCGGUUGACGCGCAACGGUGUCGCGCAACAGCCGACGGGCGAAGGUAACGUGGUCGCUGUGGACUCGUUCAGCGAGCUGGUACUCGCCAAGGGCGACGAAUCGUCGGAAAACGAGGUCGUGACGGCGAACGCAACCGCUAGCCAUCAUCGAGUCGACGACAUUGAAAGGAACAACCAUCCUAGUCCGGGCGAAGCGCAGGAUGACGAAAACGCCUUUCCCAGUCAGAAGGCCGACGUGUCGCCGAAAGUGACGAGCACUAAGGCGCGGUCACCGGCUAACGACAUCAUUCUCGAUUUAUCCAGAAGGAAGCACAAGGGUAAAGGUGGUUCUUUCUUGGAGAAGAUCGUGUCGAAGAUAGCUAAGCAGAAAGACGCCCUGCUGGAGGGCGAGGUUGGCUCUCUGCUGGACACCGCGGCCGACGAAUUGACCAGCAUUCUCGACGAGGUCGGGCCGGCUUUGACCGAGAACGGAGAGAGCACUAGUCCUAGCGAAGCGAGCAACAGUAAAAAUGAAAUGAACACGUCCACUGAUGUCGAAUGCCCGACCGACUUGUUGAAGAUUCAGGACGACCUCGAAGAAAAGUCAACGGGAAAGACUGAGACGCAGAUCCAGAGCGAGAAUCAAAUCAAGGUGAACGGUGCUGCGGAUAAUGAAAUGAAGGUCAACAAUGACGUGGACAAGGAGUUGAGUGACGUAAACGUCGUUGAGAAUUCACCGAUCGAAUCUUGCGAGAAUAAACCAACAUUGAACGAAGAGGCGACUGUCCCAACGGAAAUGCCGAGUGAGGUUCCAUCAGCAACGGCAGAUAUUUCGACGGAAGUUCCCGAUUCACCAGACGUGAUGCAAAAAACAGAGAAAGUCGAGGAGAAGGAAAACGGCAGAAGAUCCAGGAGAAAAUCCAGGAAGAGAUCGUUAGAGGACGCGAGCUCGCAGAGGAAAGGCAAGAGCCGAGCGGUGAAAGCCGUUGAGGAACAUGCUGAAGAAAAUGCGAAAGACCUUCGGCUCGACGACGUCGUCGCACUCGUUCACAAGUCAGAGGAAGCAUCCAACGUUGAAAGUGAACCUUCGAAGGAAGACGACGCAAUUCCAGAAACUUCGAACGCGGCCCCCGAGAUCGAGAAAGUUCCAAGUAUCGUAGAUAAAACAGUUAGUGAUGUGCCAGAGCCGUCAAGUUCGACUCUUGCGAACGGUUACAACGACUCGAUUCCAGAGAAAUCCGCCGAUCUUCCAGAAACCGCCUGCGAGGAUACGAAGGAAUUAACAACGAACCUUGAAGAAUCCGUGGACAAAAUUACAUCUGAUAACAGCAUUAACGACGUUCAGCCGGGAGACUCGAUCGAGACCUGCUUAGCAUUCCUUUCCGAUUCAUCGGAAAAGAAUGCUAAAAGCGGAAAAUUUGCGGAGAAGACACGAAAGAAGAGUCACAGUGACCCGAGCGAGUCUUCCUCUAAACGUACGUCGAGGAGAAAAUCGCAACCCGCCUUACUCCUCGCUCCUCUUCCAGCAGAUACUGCCAUAGAUAGCUUCCAGCCCUCUACGAGUGACAAAGUGGAAGUAUCGACUUCGUCAUCCAUUACGAAAGAGGAAGAGCCUUUGGGAUCGAUCAAUGAGCAGCAUUCGAUGAGCGCCAAUAGUAUGAGCGAGGACCAAGUUGCUUCCGCAAACAAAUCCUUGUCUCCAGUGGAAGCGACACCUCAAAAACACAAUGAAACACAAGCAAUCGCCAACUCGGGCGACCCCGUUAAUCCGCCACCUCCCAAAACAACGAAGAAGAAGCGUGGUAGAAAAAAGAAGUCAUUAGCCGAUGAGCAUCUCGAUCUACCGGAUGACGAGCCUGCCGAAGUCACUUCAAAACCUAACGAACAACCUAAUAUCGCAGACUCCAACGGAUUAUCCGUCAGCUUGGAACACUUCAAAGUGCCGGAAAUGCUGCAGGGCGCGAAGAAACGUGGCAUAAAGAGAAAAUCGUUGCCCGAGGACGGUCGCUGGAACGGCGGCAGCGUUCCCGAAGAGGCUCGCGCGAACGACGAGUCCGGCGAAGUCAGCGAGACUCCCAACGUGGUCGAGAAAAGCGAAGAGCCGGAUGAAACGAAGAAACACGCCGUGAAGGAGGAAUCCAGCACGCGAAAGUUGGAGAGAUCGAGUUCUUCCGACUCGAUCGGGCCUACCGCAUCUUCGAAGGUAAGAUCCGCGUUUCGCAAGAAACAGCAGUCGUCGAACGAGGAUCUCGCCGAUUCCGGGCUGCGUGGUCAGGGUGCCGAGAGCACGGAUGACCUGUCUGAAAGCUCAUGCACUAGCGAGUUCAGCUACUUUCGCAAAAAGCGCUUCGCGAAAAAAAAGAAGAAGGAAGAGAAAGAGGAGGAGCAGGAGGACACCGAAGAAGCUGGUAAAAAGCCUCUAGCCGACUCCUCCGUCGCAGAUCCGAAGGCGUUGAACGACGACAGACGAAAGCCAAAAGGGAAGACGAAGUCGCUGCUCGAUGAGCACCUGGAUCUCUCCGAUACGGAUGACAUCAACAAUCCAGUGGACAUCCAGGCCUCGUUGGAGGACACAAAAGUCUUGGAAAACAUCGAAAGAGAACUCGACCUGACCGAGUCCUCGGAUUUGAAGCUGAACGAAAACGCGAACGAGACUAUCGCGGUGACGGACAAAGCUACGACGAACAACGACUCGCCCACCAUUUUGAAGCAAGCAUCGGACGAUUGCGACUCGCCGGACGACCCAGUGUCCUCGAAGAAACGCGCCGCUGGUAACUUUGUAGUGGUGCAUACCAAGACUGGCGAGAUCCUCAUCGUGGAGAAGCGGAGGAAGCUGACGAAGGAAGCGGCGAGAUUCUUCUGUGACGUGUGCGCCACCAGCUUCACCCGUAAGAGCUCCCUGAAGAAGCACACGCAGUCGCAGUCCCAUUUGUCGCAAAUGUCGAAGACUGCCAAGGUCGAGAAGGUCGAGCUGGCCAACAGCCACAGCAUGCUCGAGAAUAGCGUCGGGGAGACUAGUAACGAUUGGAAAAAUUAUCAAACGAGCUAUUUACAGACAAGAAGUGUCUCGGAAGAUGUGUCACGAGAACCCUCCGGAAAUUCUGUGGAAUCGAGCGAGAGCUACGUUGCUUACUCUACCAACGCGGAAUCGAUGAAUUCUCUUAUGGAUAUCCGAGCGACGAGGCAGCAGUCGCUGGAGGACGAGCUGCUGGACGAAGAAAUCUGCAAGAUCACCGAGAACAUGAGCCACGACGAGUACGUAUUGACCGACCACGUGACACCGCAGCCGCCGGAGGCGUCGUCGACUCCGAUCAAGAAAUCGAUCCAACCGAAAGGUGAAGAGAACUCGACGCGACGCCGACACGGCGAGAAGAAACGCAACAAGUCGAAAAAGAGGAAUCUGGCGGAGGAACAUUUGAUCCUGGACAGUCCCGAGUUGAACAAGUCCAAGAUCGACUCCGACGAGCUGCCAAACUCGGCCAAUAAUGUUACACUGGUCCCUCCUCCACCACCACCACCCUGCGAAAGUAGCACGACGAAAGAGAUCGAGAAAAUGUCAGAACUGGCAGAGGAUGUACCUGAAGAAACUCGCGCGAAUUCCGCUCAGACGAGAAACCAGGCCGAGUCGGCCAUGAAGAACUUGGGUGAGAGAGUGGAGGAUAUCAAGAUGUCAAUCUGCGACAUCGACAAAGAAGAGGAGCCCACGGAGCCCGCGAAAACAACAAGGCGCACGCUGAGGAAACUCUCCAAAGUGUAUAACGACGGGAAAGACGAGGAUCGAACGGUAUCCUCGCUCGACAGCGACAGGUCCUCGAAUCGUUUCAGUCUAAGACUCAGAAGAAACAAAAGGGUCCAACACUACGACGAGUCCGACGUCGACAUGUACUUUAUGGACAAUUCUAUAGAAAUGAACGGCGAUGAAAUAACCGAUAACCGCGACAUGGAAACGAGAUCUAACCAAGCGGAUGUAGAGACUGGCAAGGAUGCAUUGCCAGAGACAGCGGAGUUGCACGACAAGAAGCACGUUGACCCACCCUGUGAGGACAAGGCAGUUGUAAAACCAUCGAAACUAGAGCUGACCAAGUCCGGUAGAAAACGUGGCAGGCCAAGACUGAAAGAUCGAGUCGUUCCGAACGCGACAAGUGUUGCCGCUGCUGCGGAACCCGAAACGCAGCACAGCGAAGCGAACGGUGUCGUCGAAGAGGCAGGAAAACUCGAAAAAUCAAAACUCAAGGAUCAAAAAUUAAGUUCGCAUACCAAAGAGCACUUUGAGGAGACCUGCAAGCCGCAGCAUCUCGAUACAAACGUGCAGCCUUCUAAGCCGAAAAGAGGCAGGCCUAGGAAGAACGUCGCACAGGUCGCGAAUAAUCCUCCCGUGCAAACAGAUAGCUGCACCGUGUCCGUGUCGACGAGAUCUGAUCGCGACGAAGCGAAAGAGAAGAUCGGGGAGGUCGCGUCUCACCCUGAAGCCGCUGAAGAGGCUGCUCUGCCAAGUCUCGUCGAUUCUUCGGCGCCAGACACUGAAUUCUUGCCUACCGUUGAAGAUCACACGCGUGAAUCGAGUUUGUCGGAAUUCGCGCAAAAGGAUCUAAACGUUGAGGAAGCAAACGCUGAAGUGAAGAACGAGCUACGGCUCACCGAGCUGGACACUCCCGAGGACCGGUUGGCGCAAGAAAUGGAACUUCUAAAGGCUAAAAUAGCUGACAUCGCAUCAACGAAAAAUGAAGAGUGCCAAGGGUCUAACGUUGCGUCAGAGGAAAACAACAUCGUCGAUACGUCCGACGACGUGAAAUUGGAGGAUAAGCCAAGUCACGAGGAAGCGAGCGAGAAUAUUGCUGUUAACCCGACUGACGAGCUUUCAGCUGAGGAAACGAGCGAGAGUAUUGCUGUUAACCCGACUGACGAGCUUCCAGCUGAAGAAACGAGCGAGAAUAUCGCUGUUAACCCGACUGAUGAGCUUCCAGCUGAGGAAACGAGCGAGAAUAUUGCUGUUAACCCGACUGACAAGCUUCCAGCUGAGGAAACGAACGAGAAUAUUGCUGUUAACCCGACUGACGAGCUUCCAGCUGAGGAAACAAGCGAGAAUAUUGCUGUUAAUCCGACUGACGAGCUUCCAGCUGAGGAAACGAACGAGAAUAUUGCUGUUAAACCGACUGACGAGCUUCCAGCUGAGCUUUCGUCUGAGAUUAUCGAGGAAGCUCAGUGCGAUGUGUCGCAAGUACCAACCACGGUCGAAGCUUUGAAAUCGGUGGAAUCUGAAACGGUCGAUGAAAACGCCGAGAUUCAGAGGCCGACAGAUCAGUCAGAACCGUUGGACGAGAAGCUGACGAAAUUGGAAGAGGAAUCUCCUGAAGAGGAGAUUCGCGAACGACCCCAAACGGAGGAAGUGGAAGAACUGAAGCUGUCGUCUGAAUCGGAGAACAGCGAAGACGAAGUGGUGUCCAAUGACAAGUCGCUUCCCGUCGUGAGUUCUCACGAACUACCAUCUCGGGAGGCAAUAGAUGACAGCGAUGAGAAGACGACGAUCCAAUUGGCGGAGACACCUAACAAGAAGCUGUCGAAAUCGUCCCAGUCAUCGAGCAACAAAGAACGAGAAGCUGACCGCAGAAAAUCAAAGGCGUUCAAGGGCAAAAAUAAGAAGGCUACGGUGAAGAUCACUGAGCUAUCGAGCGACAGUGAGAAUGAAGAUAAGAACGAAACCGCCUCUUCGAGCAAGAACAAGAUCGUUAAAAGUGUGUUCGGCCGAGUGUUCGUUAGCGAGAAGGCGGACAAGGUGAAGGAGGUGCUGAACGACUGGGUGUCGCGGUCGGAGGACGACUCGGACAUGUCGAGAAGCGCUUCGGAAGCGAUAUCCUGCAUGCGUAACUCGACGAAGAGCUCUGAAAGCGAUCACAGGAAAGAGAAGAGACGGCAUGCAGGCUCCGAUGCGAAGAAGGACACCGAACGAUCAGGCAGGAAGAAGAAAAACGACCGGGGUAGCAGCUCCAGUACUCACGGGAAGUCGAAGAAUCGAAAGAAGCGCGAGAAAGCUCCCGAAACGAUAUCCAAGGAUCACGCCGAGUCGCCUAUUUACCCGACCAAACGAAAGCGCAGAGAAAGCAAGAUCAGGGCGGACGAGAGGAUCGUGAAGACCUUCGACGAAGAAUCGCCGGUCCUCUCGGACGAGAAUGACGACAUGAACGAGGCUAAUGAGACGCACAAGUCGAGAAGUCAGCUCGAAGAUGGCCAUGUGAGCGAGAAGGACAAGGAAUCCGGCAGGCACCGCGAGGAGGACUGGAAUCGAGCGAAGGAGAGAAGUCUUUCCAGCGCCAACGACUGGGAGAAUCUUCGAGCCGGCCACGACACUCACGGAAAGUUCAAGACUGGCUCCAGCUGCCGUAAGAAGCGAGACGGUACCGCGAGAAACGAGCGUUCCUCGUCUCCAUCGCAGUUCAACGUGUUCAAGUAUAGACGCAGGGAGAGCAAGAGCAAGGCGGACGAGAAAGUCUGGAGGGCAUUCGAGAACAAUGGCGCUUCGUCGUGCCUCUUCAACGAUCAGAACGUUCGCGAGACCUCCAAGGAGCGGGAGACGCUCUACGAGCCCAGAGAUGCGGAUCGCUCGAGUAAUUCGAAGAGCACCAAACGGUGCAAGGAGGGUGACGCUUGGGAAAACGCCAAUUUAGAUGAUCAGGAUCCGAUGAAGGCAAGCAGCGGACGUGGAAAGUCGAGGAAGGACUCGACGGCUCGCAAGCGACAGGAUCCCAACGCGACAGGCAAAAUCGGUAAGACGAAAACGGAGGGGAAAAGUACGAAGGACUUUGAGAAUGAUUCGUUCAUCAACCUGAAGGAUCAGGAAACAAAGAAUGAGGCGCAAGAUGGUGAAACGGCGCGAUUGAGCAACGAGUCGCGGAACCGGUCGAAGAAUCUGACCAUCGCCAAGAACACCGGUCACGAGUACCUAUCUUACCACGACCUGAUGACUCCGAAAUACGCGAGUGAAGAUCAGGAUAACUUGCCAAUAGCAUCGGAUCAUCAGACGAGAGCGUCGGCGAGUUGUAAGAAGAAGAAAGGAUAUGCUAACGAAGAUUAUAGGCAAUCGGCGAGGGAUCCUGCGUUCGAGCAGGAGAUUCCCGCGGAAGACGACCGGCCGAGCGAGAAGGACAUCACGCAGAAGAAGAACGAGGAGGCCACGGCGUCAUCGCGCAGCAACAGUAGCCUAGCAGACGAAGGGCCGGCUCUGAGCGAGCAAACGGUCCUCGAUGGAAAUUCUCAGACAGCCCGCGAGUCCGACGAGGACGAGAACGAGGAGGAAGAAGAGGAUGACGACGACGAGGACGAUGCUGGUAGGCGAAGGAUGUCGCCGUUGUUUGCUCGUGAGACUCCCGACAGCUCCAUAGAAAGCAGCUCCAACAACGAGGAAGAAGACGAGGAAGAGGAGGACGAUGACGAUGAUGAAGAGCGCACCUCACACGAGGACAAUUCCAGGAAGACGAGCGAGUUCUCCGGAGAGAAGAUCGUCAUCAGGUCGCCGUCGUCGGGUCGUAGGUCGGAUGUGGUGACGAUCGCGCCCACGGACGCGAUCGAGGACAACGCCCUGGACGUGCCGAGAGAGAUCGAGUCAACUACCGAGCCGCGGCAAGGCAAGAUCUUGAACUUCGACGAGGAGCUUUUCGUGGAGUGUUGCUCGCGUUUGAAGGCCACGAGCGAGAACGAACUAAGAGGCGCGAAGAAGAUCAAGCUAGACCACACGGAGUCCUAUCACAGGCGAGACGACCAGCCGCAGGGCUUCAGGGUCAACAGAGACCGAUGGAGGGACGUGGAGAGCCAGAACAGCCUCGGCAGUCUGUUGGAAUCGGUGAAUCAAUUACUCGGCGAAGAGAUGUACAGCGGCCACGAGAGGAGCUACCGGACGCGCGGCAGCGAGCGGUCGAGCAGAUCAGCCAGCCCGGACGCGUCGCGAGCCGACAACCUGGGCUACGAGGACAGCUUGGACGUCGCUUUCGAGCACAACAACAAGCUGCGGGAUAAGAUACAGCAGCGGAUGAGGGAGAGCGAGAGUCUGAUAGCCAGCACAUUUGGCCAACGGACCAACGACGACGAGCAGGAUCGCCUCGGCGAUGACAAGCGAGACGACUCGUACUCCUCGAAUGCCCACGAGCACUUGUCCGGCUCAGCUGCGUCGAACCGAGACCAGCUACCGUCGCCAGGGUAUAGAAACAAGGCCAACGCUACCCUGGGUGGCCUACUGGACAAGGCACUGUCCAACUUGUUGCACAACAACAGCAAGCAUGAUCAUAACGGCUCCGCUCCGAUGAAGCUGUUGGCAGAACUGGCGUGUGCACGUGCCCCGACGUCCACGUUGCCGGAGGACGACACCACGGACGGCAAGAAUCAUCAAUCGGUGAAGAUGGUCGCAGCGGCGGUGGCGGUGGCGGCGGCCGCGGCGGCAGCGGCCGCGGCCAAGGAUUCUAUCUCGGACUCGCCGAAGAAGUCGGCGAGGGACACUGCAGUUGCACCGAGACACUCGUCUACGAAGAAGACGCGCAAUCCUAUCAGGGAGCUGUUCGAGCGCAAGAAGGAGAUGAAUGACAGGAAGCAGCAGGAACGCUCGAAGACGGUGACACUCGUGGAGCUAAACAGCGCGCAGCGACCGCGCAAAUCGAAGAAAAGCAAGAAGCAACAGCAACAGGAGUUUCCGUUGAUCCGCAGGGACGAGCACUACGGCGGCCUGGUCGAGAAGAAGAAACGCCGUGACUCCUUAGAGCGCAAAACGGAGCCACUGAUCGAGCGGGUGAAGGACGUAUACGAGUUCGACGAGGAGGAGAGUCAAACGGCGCCCACUUUGGGUAGCGUGAUGUCCUACAGGAGCCAAGUGGAGAAACACUACGAAAGUAGCUGGUCGAAAGUGAAGAACAUUGACGAGGAUUUGGAAGCAGUCUUGGAGAACGGCAAGGCCAGCUACGUCGCGGACGCGAAAGUAAACGAGAGCACGACCGAUCGCAAGUUCCGGGAACUGGAGAAGUUCGCGCCCAAGACGAAAGGCGCCUUGAAGUCUUUCCAGAGCGAGGAGCAGCAGCACGUCGUCGUGGCGAUCAGCGGACCGAUGGACGAAUUCGUGGAGCGGAAGCAACGUCUGAAGCGCAGCGCCGUACAGCACAGCGGCAGUGGUAAGCAAUCCAAGCUGAAGAAACGAAGCAAGAGCUCGAAGAAACGAGGGAAGAACACGUGGUACGAGAACGACAGCUCGGAUGAGUUCAGGACGGCCGCGAAGACGGAGGAUGUCGGCGUUGGCAUUUCCAAAAGCCAGCGCGCCUGUUCAAAGGGCAAGCAGAACUUGUUCGCGGAGUUGUCGACUUCAUCUGAGAGCGAGUACGAAUCGGCCGACGUCGGCCAUGUGGUUGCAAGCGAAUCGCCACGUCCGUCGAAGUCGAAGAAGUACCCGAAGAAAUCGCUCAACGCUGACGUUGACGCUGACGUUGGCGUCGACGUUGACGAAGACGACACGGAUCGUAACGGUCGAAUGGUUAACGAGCUCGAGUUGGAGAACGACGAUCAGACUGCGAACGACUGGAGGGAGCGAUCAGCGAUUGAUGAGGAAGAAGACACCACGAAGAAGAGCCGCGACACCGCCAAGUCGGAGUCGGAAAUGUCAGACCACUCCUUGGUGAUAGAUGAGAGAAAGGCAACGGACGAGGCGAGGAACAGCGACGACGACUGUGACAAUCAGUACGAGAGAACGUUCGAAUUGGACGAUUUGUACAGGGAAGACAGCUCGGACGCGGAAUCGGAAACCGAGGAGAACGAGACAGUGGCACCGACAGCUGAGGAGCCGAAGAAUACAAUUGAGGUAGAGACGUUGGACAAGAACACGUUCGAAGACGUGACGGAAAUUACGUCGACAAACGUGAAGAACGAUUAUGUGCCGGAGAAGGAACUGAUUCCCUUGGAGGAAGCGUUGGAUCUUUUGGAUCGGCACGAGGAUCUCGAGCCGAAGUUGGAGAAUGUAAUUCGCGGGACGGAAAUCGCAGCAACGGAAGGCACGCAGCUCCUGAACGGCAUCAUAGGAGCUGUCGUAGCGGAGGAAGAAGAGGAAGAAGAAGAAGAAGAAGAAGAAGAAGAGGAAGCUUCUAACGAUGGGAUCGGUCGUGAGGAAGUAGAGAGCAAACACCUCAGUCUAACGGAAGGGCCGGACGAGAAGGAGGAUGCGGACGACGACAUUCCGGUGCUGCCUGAGAAACUGUCCAGCAAUGAAAAGCCUCAGAAGGAGUCCGACAACUUGCCGCUUCAUGUGUUCCUCAGCAGAAAGGUGCAAGAGUCGAAGAAGCGAAAGCAGCAGCAGUUGGAUAAGAUGCGGGAGGAGCAGGAGCGGUUACUCCUGGACUUUCAGCCGACCAGGAGGCAAAGGAAGUGUGCGAUAGGGAAGCAAGGCCUGCUGGCGGAAAUAAGCAGCUCGGACGAGGAAUCCUAUGCGAGGGAUAACAGCAAACGUAGCGGCGACAGGUCGGAACACGAGAACAAGCUGCGCAAGAAGAGAGAAUCCAAGGAGAAGAGGAAAGAGCGAUAUAUCGAGAAGAAGCACGAGCAGAUGAUCGCGAAGGAGCAGAAGGCGAUCGAGGAAGAGAUCUUGCGAGAAGUCGGCAAGAGGAAAGAGAUCCUCGCGCAAAACCCGAACGAUGUGCUAGCGCCAAGUACCGACAACGCGAUCGAGGCCGCCAAAGUCAUUGCUGUGCAAACCCAGAAGAAGAAACACCAGAUGAAAGAUAAGCAAAAGAGAGUCGACGAGGAGAAAGAUGCUGAGGAGAAUACGGAGGAGCACACUAGUCACUCUCCUCUCGAUAGCUUGGAAGACAAUCACAAGUCGGAUCGUGUUUUCUCGACCACGAAGAGUGCCGGCGCGGAGAGCGACGGCUGCCCGUUGCCGCCGGCGAAACGAAAGAAGCACUCCAAAUCGCCGGCGAGGUCGAGGAAAGCGAGCGACAGUGCGAACAACCCGGUGAACAAGCAAAAGAGCAAGCAGUCGAGCACAGAGAAAUCGAAGAACCGCACGACAUCCGCGAGCAACAAGGACUCGAAGGAGCGCAAGUCGUCCAAUGGGAAGCGCGACUCUGACGACGAGGAACUGAAGACCACCAAGUCGUGGAACAAAGUGGAAGAGGGUGUAGGGCUCGCGAUCGGCCGGCGGAAACGCACCGCUGCCCUUCAGCUGUACUACUGGUCCAGUUCAAGCGACGAGGAAGAACCUGAACCUGAGCCAGUAGUCGUACCCGAGGAGGAGGAAGAGGACGAUCGGCAAGAGCAGCACGGCUGGAUAGUGGGCGACUCGCACAAGCGAAUGAUCACGAUGUUGGCGAUGGAGAAGCAGUUGAAGGAGAAGCGACGUAGGAGCGAGGACGAGAUCGAGUCCGGCAAAGCGAAGAGCAAGAAGCACAGAAAUAGCACCUCUUGAUACGUGUUUCAUGAUUAAGAACGACGACGCGAAAGAACGUCGAGCGGAGUGAACGCGAUGACUAAGUCAUGUUUUUCUAGGAAAAAUCCGGACUGCAAAGAUGAGAGAGAGCGCGAAACGAAAAGGAGGAACACGAUGAAGAAGGGUGAAAAGGGAACGAUUUUAUCCCUGCAUGUCUCCUCGAGCGAGCGUUGCGCUUCUCUACUUUCUCUCGUCUCCGGUUGUGUUUAGAUAGAUACGAUGAGGAACCACGCGCGAUUUACGGCCAGAAGUUAUUUGUUGUGAGUUCUUUGUAUUCUCUUUUCCUUCCUACCUUCUUUCACUUCCUCUCCAUUGUUUUCUUUAUUUCUCCUUUUUUCUCAGAUAUCACGUUACACCGCGAACAUCGAGCGAGUACGAGAAUGAUUUAGAAUGUAAUUCCUUUCCUGUGGAAGCAAGUGGGAAAGAUAUAAGAUGUAUAUAUAGAGACUGCUUGGCGUUAGGAUAUACAGUUAGCGAUUAGAAGAGUAUUCUGUCGCACUCUAUAAGAUUAUUAUAAUUUCGAGGACUUACAAGAAUACCGCAAGUAACGCGAAUUUAGACUGAAUGUGUGACAAGUAGCGGAGAACAAAGUGGGCACCCUUAGACAAUACUAGGACAUUUGUAACGUUUAGUUAAACGUAGGGGAGUUCCCUCGCGACGCGGGUAGCGAUGAGUCGGGAGGGAAGGUGGUGAGGCGGGAGUGAAAAAUAUUGAGAGAUUCAGCCAGCCGCUUACUUAGGAAAGGACAACGUAAAACCGGGUCCAAUCGAGUUUAGCGCUUCUGCCAGCUUUUCGUAACUCGUGAAACGUAUUCCUCCGUAUUCUUGCAUAUUCUUACAUAUUCAUACGUAUUCUUACAUAUCGCAGGGUGGCGUGAAAACAUUUCGGAGACGAUACCGAGAGUAACCUUUGCUCGAGCGAAUGAAACAGGCGAAUUUCUUUUGACUUUCGCACGUUGUUGUUUUUACGAACUUUUCUAGAUCUCAAACUCGCGCGUUCGGCCGACACGGGGCCACGUUUAGUCGACAAAAGAUAUGGAAAAACAAAUAAAGGAAGAUACACACAUGCUAAGCGUGCGUGCGCGCGCGCAUUCGGCGAACACGGACGUUAUUCUUUUUCCUUUCGUACUCGCCUCGUGCACAUAAUAUAAGUAUGUAGAUUUUCGUAUAUUACAAGAAAAAUCGUUAUACAUGUUACACGCAAGCGAAAGAAAUUAUUAAAAAAAAAAAAGAACGAUUAUAGACUUUAAUGUAAAUGUACUGCCAUAAUCAUAUAUAUUAUACGAAAGCCUAUGCGCGCGAGAUAGCGAUUAAUAUUAUUCCUGUAAAAAUUUAAAAUAAAAAAAUCUCUAGCACAAAAAAGUAGGUAACGACCCAAUGUAAAUAGAGCAUAUUUUCAAUGUGUCUGGAAAAGUAUGUUUUGUAAUAUAAGGAUUGCAAAGGAAAAUAAAAUUAUUCAACAA